AUGGAAUAUAUCUCCUCGGAAAAUUUACACAAUGGUGGUGACGAUGGAGGUGAUGACCCGUUGAGUGGUAGGUGCACCGCAACCCCUCAGCGGCAAAGGCGCCCUCUGCAACAGCUAAAUUAUCCAGUUGUAGCAUCUCCUAGGCCAAAUGUAACUCCAUACAAAUAUCAUAGAUGUCGAGUAAUACCAGAAGAAACUGAAAAUGAAGAAAAUAUAAACCCUUCCAUGAAACAAGCAAAAAACAGUGGAUUUCGCUCCAGAAUGAAGUCAAAUGCAUCAUCCAGUGAAGAUACAAAGAAAGAUGAGUCAUCACCUUUUGUGUAUCCUCUGAUCUGGGAGACGCACCAGGUCGUCACCUCCUCCCCGUCUAUGGUCAGCCAGAGUGACCCAGUGGAGUCAGGGUGCGGCCUUGGAAUCCGUGGCCAGGGGGGUUCCGCUGAGAAAAGCAAGUUCCCAAGAGAAGACAUGGGUGAGGAUUUAGCCACCCUAGAAGCCAAACUGGACAGAGGAAGUGCUCUUGAGAAGGAGAAUGCAAAAGGGGGAGCAGCAGCAUCAGGAGAGAAAGGAAACUGCAAGAGCACUCCCAGCACCUCCACCAGCUGUAGCAGCAGCAAGAUCAGCCAUGGCAACGUCAGCAGCUUGAGUCACUUUGGGCCGAUGGUUACCCCUUCCAAGUCGACUCCAACACCUCCACCCUCGGAUAGACCCAUAUUCUUAACUCCGUCAGAGAGAUUCAAAAAAACGGGUGACUGCCGAGGAGUCAUGACACCACAACGUCGUAAACCUAACCACCAGGUCAACCCAUUUGAGGUGGCUGCCGAGUGUCUCCACCUGCCUGCCGUAAGCCCGUCGCUCUUUCGCCAAGUUGUAUCCCCUAGUCAGAAGGUAGACAGCAACUUCCACUGGUCUAUAGAUCAGCUGGCGGUAUUACAUCCUGCGAACAUUGAAACUUCGCCCUACAACCAGGCGGACAUUCAGCACGACCCCGAUUACGAACGCCAGGCACAGGAUGCCAUUGAUAGGUUCUUUAACCAUCACUCUGUUGUCCCAAGUCCUUGGACUGGAAGCCAGAAGUCUGUUAACCUUCUCCAGAUGGUAUGCACGCCAGUCCACCCAGUAUCUAGUCAACCAACACCUCGAACUAAUACAGUUUGGUGCCAAACAGAGCUGUCAAUUCCUCCUGUCUUACCAGAAGCUGUGGAGGAAGCAUUAAAACCCUUCUGUACAUUUACACAGGACCAGUUCUGGCAGGGUGGCUGUGAAGAUGAAGGGACAAGUCUCAACAACACAACACUGCGCCGGAAGCUGCUCUUUAGCCAAGACGAAUUGCUCAAUGCUACACCGAUGUGUAGUCCUCGUGGUGCAGAUACCCCAGACCCAGACAGUAGACCACCUUCGCCCACUGUUCCUUUACCUUUAGACGAUGAGGAUGAAGUACCCAUUAUAAGUGAAGAGGAAGAUGAUCACAGAAAUCUGUUGUGGUGCGGAACCAUCAUCAAUCGUGGCGAGAUAGGAACCUCCAGCAAGGACCCACAGUUGGCCAGGCAUCCUCCACCAACACCACCAUCCUGCAUGUCAUACUUGCCGAGUGACAAGCUCUUCAGUGAGCCAUUUGCUUUCAGGAGGCCAGAUAAGAAUGAGAGAGAUAGUCCCAUGAUACAAUGUUCGCCAAAUCUGUCUCCGGUUCAAGCUCAGCAAAGCAGCGAAGGGCCAGUAAUUGUCACCUCUCCAGAUGUAUCGCCCAUUCAUUGCCAUCAGUACAUUUCUAUUCCAAGUCCCAGAGACGUGUUCAUCUCUGCAUCAUCUCACAUCAGUGAAGAUACUUCCUUUCAUGAUCCAGUUCUAGGACAGCCCCUAUCAUCUUUUAGAGUUUCUUCCAGUCAAGACCAUGCUGUAUCAUGUACUGAAACAAGUGCCAAGGACAGUCCAUCCUGUAGUUUGCCUUUCCACACAGCAUUAUACUCAGAUUCAGUUUUACACAAUGAGGAGAUGCUGCCAGUUUCACCACGUUCAGGUUGCUUACAGAGUUCAUACUUUACAAUGAGAUUACAACAAAGUUUAGAGUUUUCUGUAAAGUGCCAGGAUUCAUGUAGUAAAGACAAAAGCUGUGAGAAUAUUCAUGAAUGUGUUACAGGCUCCAAUUUAAGCAGUGAAACUAGUCAUGGUGGUGCUAUUGAAAGACAAAUUGACAAGGAGAACUGUGGUGACUGUUUGAGAACUACACCAAAGAUUAAGAAAAUACCUUCACCAUGCAGGAUCUUAAACAAUAUUCCAUGUAAUGAAACUUCAUCCGAGAUAAAUUGUGAAGCACCAGAACAAGAUCAGAUAUGGAAACAAGAGUCAAAAGAAAAGAAGGAGAAUUUAAUUAAGGAAUCUGAUGAAAAUCAGCAGAAAACACCUGUAAAGACAGCUGUUGAGCAAAGGAGCAGUUCGGGUCACUUCUCUUCUAGUCCUAUCCGGGAAGAUGGCAAUAGUCCUCUUGCAAUGGACACACCAAGAAAGAGAUUUUCUUCUUCGCCUCCACUCUCACCUAUCCUUUGUAGGUCCCUCAUGUUCCUGCCACACCAAGAGAAUCAUCACUUGAGGUCUCAACCCAAAUCUCAUUUCAGCUUGUCACAGUCAACUCAUAUGAGCAUUGAUAUAGACGGAAAAAGCUGCAUUGAAGAAGAGAUAAUGAUAGAUGAUGAAAGACUAGGCUUAACUUCGAGCACAAGACAUGUUAGCCAGUCCCUACAGCAGCCCCGUACCACCACCACCCUCCGUAGGGCCUCGUCAGUGUGUGACAUGGAAACUGACUCUCUUGAGGUGAAUGUGAGUGGGGAAGUGCCAUCACAGGAUACAGGAUAUGCAACUGGUAGCCUGCACUCAACCAAUUUCAGCAUGUCAACAUUUGGAAAUGAAAAUGGCACAACUUCAUCCCAGACUCAUCUAAAAGACUGUCAUGUGAACAGUUUGGCAAAUACUACCGGUUUAUCUGUUGAUCCUUAUACUUCCAAGGUUGUAUGUAGUACUGAAGGGGGAAGUGUUUGGAAGGGAAACUUGUAAUUUGGGGUAUCACACUCCUAACAUGAACACUAUUUUAGAUGAUGAAAUGAACUUUGUACUAUUAAAGACAUCUUUGAUAUAUUAUAUUGUUUUUCUAUAAUUUAUUUGUAAUGCUACCAAAGCAGUAUUCAUGGAACAAAUAUUGUCUGUUGUUAUGGAUCAAACUAUACUUAAUGUUAAUAUGAUAUAUUUGGUAUUUGAAUUUAUAGUAUAUGCUGAUAAAUUUUCAGUCUGAUUGCUGUCAUAAAAUAACUCUGGUCUGGAGUUUUUUUUUUAUUUAUUUUUU